AGUUCCGGUUAUUUUCCCCAUCUUACACUUUGGUUUUGUACUCUUGGAGUAUGGUUACGAGCGACGUCGCGAGUGACUAUGGUGCUCUGCUUAUUGGUGGUCUCCUGGCUUUCGGCCUCUCUGGUUGUGUUGGUAUGCAGUUCAUAGUGUAUUGUAGGACAUACCCAUCUGAUUCACCGCGUAAUAAGACAAUGGUUGUUUCAAUCUGGCUCCUGGAUCUCUGUCAUUCAGCGUUUAUUUGUGCUGCGUUAUGGGAUUCCAUCAUAGUCCAGUAUGGUGAUGUUUCGAGACAAGAUCGCAUCCCAUGGAGCGUUGGCCCUACUGUUGAACUAACUGCGAUGCUCACCUUUGUGGUUCAAAGUUUCUUCGCAUACCGGAUAUAUAGGCUAAGCAAAAAGAAGCUGACGGUCGCAGGUCCUCUUGCUUUACUUGCGUUCUGUCGACUUGUGGCCGCUAGCAUAUCCAUGGGAGAAAUGCUGAAGCUGAAACAAUACACGUACUUUGAUCGCACUUUUCCAUCCUGGGUUUUUACCCUAGGACUGGUUCUCUCGGUCGCCGUAGACGUUAUGACUACGAUCUUCCUUUGCUUUUUCUUGCGAUUAAGCCGUUCAUCAAUUUCAAGCACAAAUCGGAUUAUAGAUACUCUAACAUUGUAUGCAGUACAGAACGGUUCUAUUACAUCUAUUGCAGCCGUUGCAUCGCUGAUUUGCUGGCUAACGAUGCCUCAAAAUCGAAUAUUUUUGGGUCUCCAUUUUGUGAUAGGGAAAUUUUACGCCAAUUCGUUGCUGGCAACCUUGAAUUCACGAAAACGUCUACGAGAAGAGCGCUCUCAAGGCACACCAUCGGGCAGCAAUCCACUUCCUAUCAUUUUCCCGGAUAAUUUCGAUGGUAGAGAAGGAGAUUCCCGUAGAAGUUAUUUCGUGAGUCCUUCGUAUACCAACGCAAGCAUUGACUAAAAUUCCAUGAUUUGCUAGAUGCGCCUCCACCAACUCCCACUAAGGCAGAACGUGGCCAGUCCCACCGACUCGUUACCGGUAUGUCUUGAAUAAGCAUCUUUGUAAAUUUAUACUUACAACGUUUUCUCAAGAUGCAAGUCAACGUGGAAAGGACCAUAAUAUCCAAGUUCGACGAUCCACCAUCGCGGGCAGAAACGUCUGACAGUGAUCGUAAAGUUCCUAGUGACUUCCUUCCUUAG